CGGGAGUCAAACUUCUGCCUCCUUAUGGGUAAUUAACCGACUUUAGCCGGUCAGCGGUGAUCGUUCGGUGUGAGGAAAGCGGUGCUCGGUGACUUUUCUUUGACUGUGUUUAAAGAGAAACGGCAGAAGCGCGUUCACAGAGCGCAGUCCUCGCCGUCACAGUGACAUUGACUCAUCACUGUGUUUGUGCCGCCGAGCACAAGUGAAAGUCUGAACAGUAACGGUCUGUCCAGCCUGUGUGAGCCACAAUGAGCGAAUACUUCAGCCUGUCGGACUGUGAUGUGAUCGGCUUCGACCUGGACCACACGCUGUGCCGCUACCAUCUGAAGGAGACCUCCAGGCUCAUCUAUGAGAGCUUUGCCAGGUAUCUGGUGGAGCAUAAAGGCUACGACAAGGACCUGCUGAACCUAACCCCCGCUACCUGGGAUUUCUGUUUUAAAGGUCUGGUGGUGGAUCUGGAGGAUGGAAACCUUGUGAAGCUGGCUGAAGAUGGGACCGUCCUGCGAGCGACACAUGGAACCAAUGACCUCAGUACAGAAGAGAUCAUCAAACAUUACGGUCCAAAGAGGGAAUGGAAGCACUUCAACAGCCUCAAUACUUCCUUCACAAGAUCGGCAAAAUACUACUUUUAUGACAACUACUUUGACCUACCCGGGGCCCUCCUCUGCGGACGGGUCGUGGACAUGUUGCAUAAGCGUGGAAAUGAAGUCAAUUCCGACUUUUGGAAAGACAUGGUCGCUGCCAUCGACCACAAUUACAACACAUCUGCAUUCAAAGAGGAUGCAGGGACGUACUUCCCCAGUGUGAAGAGGGACCCGGGUCGGUACCUGCAGCCCUGCUCCGACUCUGUAAAGGCCUGGCUGCGCAGCAUGAAGAACGCUGGGAAGGUCCUCCUCCUCAUCACCAGCUCCCACAGCGACUAUUGCAGGCUCAUCUGUGAACACAUCCUGGGGAAGGAUUUUGAAGAGCUAUUUGAUGUCAUCAUCACAAACGCCUUGAAGCCUGGUUUCUUCUCCUUGGUGCCCCAGCAGAGACCCUUCAGGACCCUUGUGAAUGAUGUGGAGGAGAGCGAGGGGCUGCCGUCGCUGGACAAACCCGGCUGGUACUCACAGGGAAACUGGCCUCACCUGCACGAGCUGCUGAAGACCAUGACAGGAAAACCAGAGCCAAAGGUGGUGUAUUUUGGAGACAGCAUGAGGUCGGACAUGUUCCCCGCCAGCAGCUUUGGGAAAUGGGAGACGGUGAUGAUCGUGGAGGAAAUGGAGGGGGAGGGCGUCCAGAAGAGUGAAGCAGCAAAGUCCAAUGAGGCCCAAGUGGAGCCGCUGGAGAAAAAGGGCAAAUUUGAGGAGCAGGGCAUGAAGGCACCCUCGGCCGUCUCCGAGCAGUGGGGCUCGUACUUUGUCGAUGUUCAUAAAAGUGGAGGAGGGGACGAGGAGUGCCAGAAACUGACCUGGUGCUGCCACUGCAUUCACAAAUACAGCACCAUGGCCAUCCCCAGUGUGGAGCACAUAGCAGCACUCCCUCUGGAUUACAAGUUCCCCAGGUUUUCUCCCGACAAGCCGUGCACCACGGGCUACUACCCCCGGCCCCCAGAUUCUCUGCUGAAGAGGUGCGAGAGUUUGUCGUAAAAUAACAACAACAAGAAAAAAGUUAGAAAGAAGUCCUCCCUUACCCCUCUGCCUCAGGAGAGGAAUGUGCCUCCAUUUUUGCCUGUAGUUUGUCACAUGACCCGCCGCCAUCCUUGGAGCACAGGAAGCAGCCACUCCUCAGCCAUCCAGAGAAACCAUGUGAAUGUAAGCCACAGUAUCUCUCUGUAAGAACAUCAGCCUACAUCUGAACGUCGUUUCGUGGUUUAGUCAGUGUAGCGUACACGUGGAAAUACCACAAGUGUGUGUGGAAGUGUGUGUGUUUGCAAACAGUAAAAAUAAGAAAUGUAGUGUUUUAUUGUUUCAUGUGUGAGGCCUCUUAUUAUUUACAUGGUAGAUUGUUUAAGAAUCCAAAUUCUUCUAAUAAAGUGAACAUUUCAAGUUUCUUUGACCAUGAAGGGAUUACCUCAAGAACGUAACCAGAAGGCCGCAGCGUGUUUUUGUCCCUGAAGGUCCUAUGGAGUCAUUGUGUCAGUAUUUUUGUAUCACACUGUCAUUGUAAAGUCUUAUUUAAAAGGGUUUUUUACCAUGUGCAUUAAGGUAAACUUAUCAUGAGAGUUAAAGGGACAUUCCAGUGUUUUAAAUGUUGGCACUAUUUUGACAAAUUUCUGAUCAAAUAAAGAAAUCAGUACAAAGAGUUAAGAUAGAGUUUUCAGGAUAAUAGAACUUUAAUUUUGAACAAAAUUUGACAAAAAGUGACCAUUCCUAUGUUAUAUAAUUCUCUGAAUUUUCUAUCUCAGAUCUUUCCUAAAAUUUAACAGGCAGAGAAAUUCUUGAAUUUAAUAACUAACAGGCUGUACCCAAACCCACCUCUGUAACAUUGAAACCCUCCACACAAGGCAUUUAAGACCAGUACUGCUCAGUGCUGACCACCUCCGCUGCCUUCACCUAGAUACUACUACAUGUUUUGAAUUGAGGGCUAAGACCAAUAAAAAUAGCAUCUCCUAAGGCGUAUUUACUGAGCAGAGAACCUCUUUUUUGUUUUCAUUCUCAAAAUGAGGGAGAAAUGCACUCAAAAAGGCACUUCCUGGCCGAUUGAAAGCAAUCAUAGAAUGCGCAGGAAGAGUGCAUGCCUUUUUCAGUGCAUGUCUCCCUCAUUACUAGAAAUGUAUGAAUGAAGAAUAAACAUUGGUUUUAUGUUUAGUAAAUGCAUCUUAUGGGAUGCCAAUUCUAUAUGGUCUUAAUUUGUCAUGUUAUUUUGGAUGAGAGCCUCCUGGUGGCAGAAUUUUACAUACUGUGCAGCCAUCCCUACACACCUUAUCCCGUUCAGGUUCACUAUCAUUGGGCGAGGGGUGGGCUACACCCAGUCAAUCGCAGAGCUGAUGUAGUGACAGACAACCAGGCAAUCUCACACCUACGGCCAAUUUAGAGUCACCAAUUAACCUAACACGGUGGUGGGAGGAAGCCAGUGAGAGCUCAUGCAUGCAGAGGGAGAGCAUGCAAACUUAAUGCCCUUAAUGACUGGGAUGCAAACUGGGGACCUUCUUACUGUCAAUUAGAACACUAACCCCUGUGCUGCCAUGCAGCCACAUACUGUGCAUUUAAGUGCAAAAUAAUUGCAAACAAACUCCACAAGCAAAAAAAGCUGGCUACAAGUCUCUCUGUGGGAGCUUUGGCUAAAACUCAAGGUGACUCAAGGUCUGUAGUUUUUAAGCUUCAGUAUUUUAUGAUACUUUCAUUGAAAUACCAAUGAUUGUAUCAAAUUAAAAAAAACAAUAAACUUUGGUUUGGAUUUGCAUGAUUAUUUUUAUAACCAAUAAAUGGUCUAUUAUGGCUUUAAUAUACAGGGAAAAUACUGUCGACAAAGUAUGUUCACUAAAAGUUCAGGCUUGAGUUUCUUCAGGAUGUUUGAAGACAUAAUGAAGAUCCUAAAAACAAAGUAAGCUACAAAUCGAAAGUCACUGAUAAUUGUUCAGAAAAUAUUUCAUUCCUCACAUAUGGAUCAGGAUUUAAAUCAUGACUUUAUUUUUAGCUUGAUGCUAACACACAAUAGAUGCUGUCAUUAAGGAGCUAAAUCUCCUGAAAAUUUCCCAAAUGAGUCACAUGAGUGAAUGCAAACAACAGUUUUCCACUCAGACUCUACCCUCUAGUAUUUCUCCUCACCCUUAUCCUCAGUUGACAGGCAGACAAGCUGCAGGAAAACUUCCUUCUAUGAGGGGCAAUUUAACAAGCAAUACAGGACUUUUUCAGAGGAGGUUGCCAUGAAAUUUUCACUUUUAGCCUCCUCGCAUUUUCUCCUCCCCUAAUCCUUUUUUGACUGAGAAGAAAUCCUAAAAUUUUCCACAAAAUUGUCAGGGUUUGGUAUGUGAAAAGUGUUGAUAAGUUACUCAGGAUUAUAAGGCAAAAAAGAUUUGUUUCUUUGGUUAACGACGUGAUGAUGCAUCUCUACAGUGUAACAGUAGUGUGGUGUCACAUAACUAACGCUUAUAUCAUCUUUUGGAAAUUAAAACAACUUUUUAAAGAUAAUUCUUUAGGGUUUAAUGCCUUUAUUAGAAAGGAUAGUUGAAGAGAGAGUGGAGGACAGGGAAUCAGUCCCACGCCUAGUGCAUCAAGAUCUCCAGCCUCUACGCAUAGCACCCAAGCCCAACCAGCUCCCUUUAAAACAACUUCACAAACAGCUGUCAGACGCACUAAAGCCACUGUCCUAAGGUGUGAUCUUAAUAAACCCGGCACCUGCAUAAAUAUUGGAAAAUUAAGGAUGAGACAAGCUGCUCGAAAAUGCAAAUAUUCCUUAAAUAAUUUAAUGACUAUUCAGCUAUUGUAAUUACUUAAGAAUCUUUUAUUAGGUUGAGAUCCUUUUUUUAAUACCAACCAAAAAAAAAAAAAAAAAAAAAGGAAAACAAUGGACUUCAUUAACACAGACAGUAAAUAAACCAUGCAGAACAGUUAUCUAAUAACUCUGACAAUAAGCAACAUUCACCUAAGUACAGAUGCAUGCUAUUAUAAGAUGUGAAUGCAAUUAAUAAGGCCCACACUGCUUGUUUAAGUUUAAAUAAUCUGCUAGUGGGGCAAGCAAACUUGACCAAUUGUCUUAAUUAGUUAACGACCCUGUAAAAUGAUAAUAAAUCUGUAUUUCGGUUUGUUGUAUGACAGGUCACUGUGUUAUGAAACCCCAGGUCAAAUUUCAGUCAAAUGAAACUUCUCUAAGUUCAUCAAAUUAAGCGUGUUUGUUUAAGAGCUGAAGCCACGCCCACUCAGAAGAACUACACUGCUGCAAAAUGGAUCAAACAUUAAACCAGUCAGGAUAAAACUGCUUCAAUCACAGUUAUUUUGGAGUUAAUUUUAUUAGCUAUGUGGAAUUUAAAAACAGAUAUAGUACACAUAC